UUACAGGAUACCAUUUAUAAAGAACCUUACUGGAUUCAAACCACUUCAGAUGGCUACAGACUUGUGCUUCUCUGGAAAAAAGGAGGGUUUUAUUUUGACACCGAUGUUAUUAGCACUAAAAAAAUACCUGAAGAAAAUUUUUUGGCUAGUGAAUCAAGUGAUGCUGUCUCUAAUGGAGUGCUUGGAUUUCAAAAGCAUCAUUCAUAUAUUAUGGACUGCAUGAAAGAUUUUGUUCUGCACUACAAUGGUAACAUUUGGGGGUAUCAAGGUCCUAACUUAAUAACACGUAUGAUAAGGCAAUCAUGUCCCCUUCCACUCUACAUCAAGGUACAAGAUUUUAGAUGUGAUGCCAGGAAUCUGACUUUCUUACAUCCAUCUCGUUUUUAUCCAAUUCACUGGUCAGUGUGGCAAAAGUACUUUGAAGUCUGGAAAGAAAUUCCCACUUUUGAAGACUCCUAUGGUUUACAUUUAUAUAAUUAUAUGAACCAUAAAGCAAAAAAGCAGAUUGUAGCAGGAAGCAAUACCUUGGCUGAAAAUCUGUUUAUAAAGUACUGUCCAAGUACUUAUGCCUUCCUAGUAAAGAAAGUAAAAGAUUAAAAGUAACUGAACAACAUGAAUACUGAUCACUGAUUUCGGGACCACACUGUGGAACCAGCUGAGUUUUGUUCAAUGAAAAAUCAUCAUUACUAAAGACAUAGUACUUGCAUUUGAGUGUGUUAGUGUGAAAAUUGUAUCUGUUUGAUUUAUAUGAAUUUUACUAACAUGUAUUCUUUAUUGGUUACAAUGAUUUCCUACACUGUAUUAGGCAGUGAUAUAUGCUGAAAAGGUAGCAGUAUACAAAGAGAAGCAAAAGCUUUAAACAUUAACAGAAACACUUGUAUGCAAACAAAUAAUUGUACUGCAACAAAAGCAAUGAAACAGGCAGAAGAACCAUUCAUUUAAAUCAAA